UCAAACUUGAAUAAAUUUUAUCACAAUAAAAAUGACGUUCAUCCAUAUCGUCCUUCUUCCAGUCAAAACCACUGCUCCCAAGGAGCUUGUCGCCAAGGUAGUCAUGGAACUCAAUGCGCUUUCAAAGCAUAUCCCCUAUGUUCUGAAAUCUCGCUGCGGAGCCACCGUCACUCAGCGUGGCCAGCAAUACACCCACGCCCUCUUGGUUGAACUUGAGUCCGGCGAUCAGCUCCAAGCAUAUAACGACCAUGCGGCGCACCAGGCUGUGCUCGCUGAUAUUAAGAAGAUUAUUUCCGAGCCGUCGCUCGCCAUGGAUUUCUAAAGUAAACAAUUUAUGAUAAU